ACUCAGCCGGUAGCCAUUCGCCUUAGACGCCAUGAAACGGGACAACUCAGGAAACAACCAAGAUGGUCCUCCGUCAAAAUUCCAACGUUCUUCCGUUGAUUUAACAAAUGUUUCCAUCAGAUUUCUUAUUCCUGGGAGGGCUGCAGGGAUAAUGAUUGGGAAGGGUGGGGAAAAUAUCAAAAAAAUUCGAUCACAGUAUAACGUCAAGCUGAAUAUUCCCGACAGCAGAGGCCCUGAACGGUAGGGUAACCCAGAAACUUAAUGUCACCUUGAUGUCUAUUCGGUCGAUUAAUUAGUUUGCCUAAAUUGUUAUUUUCAUGUUUUUGGUUCAUUAAUGUAUUUGUAAAGCCCUUUUUGGAUAUGAUUUGCAAAGUCAUUCCUGACUGCUUAACUACCAGCUAACCCACGAGUUACUGUUGUAACUGGAAACCCCAGUGACUUAGUCAUUCAUUGGAUUCUAUUGUGUAAAAAUCUAGACAAGUUUUGAUGAUAACCCUCAGACGGUUGUCUAGUUCUCCGAGCCCUCCACGACUGUCACUAUAUGGAAGGGUGUCAUGAGCUUCGUUAUACGAUUAAAGUUUUUGUUUUCUUCCUUCUUUCCCAUCCUAACUUGCUUUUUCUCCGAUAGGAUAAUGACUAUCGAAGGUGACCUGCAGGCUAUCUGCAGCAUCAUGCGCGAUGUUUGUCCGAAACUGAAGGUAAGGUGAACUUAAUAAAAUUGACUUCAAAGGAUAUAAUGAAUGCCAAACUUUCCGACCCUAAACGCAUAAUGGGUGCCCAAGGAUCUCGACGCCGCCCGAGACGAAGUGAAGAUCCAGAACGAGAUGAUGAGGAAGACGAAAACAUGAUUGACUUCAGAAUAUUAGUGCACGAAAGCCAAGCUGGGUCUGUAAUCGGUCGAGGCGGUGAACGUAUUAAGGACCUUCGUGAUAAAUACAAAAUGCGUGUUAUCAAGGUGUACCAGAUGUUGGCUCCGUUAUCUACUGACCGAGUUGUACAGAUGGUUGCUGACCCAGACAAUGUCGUCCAAUGUUUGAGAGCUGUGAUAGAAGCAGUAGAGUCUGCUCCUCCUCGUGGUCGCCGUGAGGAUUAUGACGCUGCCAACUUCAGUGAGGGUGAUGCUCUCAACUAUGGCGGUUGGUUGUCUCGAGAAGCUGCAGCAGCACUCGCUCAAGGGAUGCCUCUCCGUGGACCUGGGUGCAUGCCGCCGAUGGGUUAUAACAUGGGAGGUCCGUACAUGAUGGGUGGUGGAGACAUGGGGCCGAUGGGUGGCGGUAUGGGCCCUAUGGGAGGAGGGAUGGGACCAGGUGGAGGAAUGGGUCCUAUGGGUGGCGGACCGGUUCCCGGAGGUCGUGGUAGAGGACCUCGCUCCGGUGGCGGAAUGAUGAGUGGAAGCGCGCCUCUCGCUCAAGGCCAGCGAGGAAUGAUGGGCUCUUCAGGCCCAGCACCUGUCCCCCUCCUGCCGGUCGUAACAACUCUAUGGGUCCUCCAGGUGGUUAUAGUAGUUCCGCAGACGGAGGCUACGGUGGUCAAGGUGGAUAUGACGGGUCAGGAGGAUUCGACAACGGAGUAUACGGAGGCAUUGACCAAACUGGACAGGGAGGAUUCAGCGGCCCUGGAUACGGUGGAUCAGGCAACAUGGCUUCUGGAGGUUACGGUGGGUCUGGGUAUGGUGGAAGCCAGCGUGGAUCGGCUGACAUGGCAGGUGGUCAAAGUGCUUCCCGUGGCGGCACCUAUGGUGGGUAUGGAAGUAUGGGAUCUGGAGAGCAUGUUGGAGGCAAAGCCAGCCAGUGGUAUGGCGGAUGGUCUUAAACAUUUACUUGCAUUUAAUUUCAGUAAAAUAUACCUGUUAAUAAAUAACAAUCACCUGUUGGUUCUUGAUAACGUGUAG